AUGGCAGAUCAACUCACAGACGAUCAGAUCUCGGAGUUUAAGGAAGCUUUCAGCCUAUUCGAUAAGGAUGGCGAUGGUUGCAUCACCACCAAGGAGCUUGGAACUGUUAUGCGAUCAUUGGGACAAAACCCAACUGAGGCAGAGCUUCAAGACAUGAUCAAUGAAGUAGAUGCUGAUGGGAAUGGUACUAUUGACUUCCCUGAGUUUCUUAACCUCAUGGCAAGGAAGAUGAAGGACACGGACUCUGAGGAGGAGCUGAAAGAGGCAUUUCGGGUUUUCGACAAGGAUCAGAAUGGAUUCAUCUCUGCUGCUGAGCUUCGCCAUGUGAUGACCAACCUUGGCGAGAAGCUCACUGAUGAAGAAGUCGAUGAGAUGAUUCGAGAGGCUGAUGUUGAUGGUGAUGGCCAAAUAAACUACGAGGAAUUCGUUAAGGUGAUGAUGGCCAAGUGA